AUGCAAGUACUAUCAAUUCCAGAAGAUCACUCUCAAAAAGAAAGUAUUUUAUCAACAAAAUGUCGACUUCUUCUUUGGAGUUGUGUUCUUAUUCAUAUAUCAGUCAUUCUUGGUAUUGUUGCAGUAGUUAUAUUCAUUCGUUAUCAAUCAUCAUUUUCAUCCACUAGUAUAAACUAUAACAUUGAUAUUCCAUGUAAUCCAUUAGAAUUUUCAGAUUAUACAAGUUAUCCAACUGGAACUGUCCCAUGGUCAAUAAACAAUGGUUAUUUAGAUGGAGAUUCUUUCCUUGAUAUUGUUGUUGUUAAUGAAGGAGGUACAACUAUUAGUAUAUUCUAUGGUUUCGGAAAUGGAACAUUUGGAAGUCAACAAUUAUAUAGCACGACUUCAGGUGUUUUGUAUGUUGCUGUUAGAGAUAUGAAUAAUGAUAAUAAAUCUGAUAUAAUUUUAACUUAUACUAAUACAAAUCAAAUUGCCAUUUUCAUUAGUAAGGGCAACCGAAAUUUUAAUUCACCAAUAACUUAUCCAGUUGGAAAUUAUCCAUAUUGGAUUGCUAUGUCAGAUUUUAAUAAAAAUAAUUUAUUAGAUGUUAUUGUUACUAAUGACCAUGAUGCUUCUGUUACUAUUUUAUAUGAUUAUUAUAAUUUAUCAUUCAGUUAUUCUGAAACCUAUCCAGUUGGAAAUGAUGUUACAGGUGUAUCUGUUGCAGAUUUUAAUAAUGAUUCGUAUCCUGAUUUUGUUACUGCUGAUUAUACUGAUAAUACACUUAGUCUUUAUAUUAAUCCUAAAAAUGGAAUAUUUAAAAAUAAAAAAAAAAUUUAUACAAGUCCUGUACCAUUGGGUAUAGCCACUGCUGAUUUAAAUAAUGAUAAUUUUAUAGAUAUUGUUAAUACUAAUGGUUAUACAUUUGCUAUAAAUGUUUUUUUAAAUGAUGGACAUGGAAAUUUUAAUAAAUUCGAUACAUAUAAUGUCGGCGGACAUUCACGGGCAGUAGCACUGGUUGAUUUAAAUAAUGAUACAUUCAUUGAUAUUAUUGCUGGAAAUAGUGAUGAUGAUUUUAUUUGCAUUUUUUUAAAUAAACAAAAUGGAAUAUUUGAAGCAUGUCAACGAUUUAUCACUGAUUGGAAUAUUUAUGCCGUUACAACUGGAGAUUUCAAUAGAGAUGGCAAAAUAGAUAUUGCUCUUACUACUGCACAAUAUACUAUGAAUGUUCUUUUAAAUCUAUGUUAA